AUGGCUUCUCCUCGCCUCGAGACGUUCUGCUGUCCGAAUCGUGAUGCUGCGACGGAUUUUAUCGUCACCUUCCAGCCUGUUUUUUUCUCCACCAUGUGUGCAGGAAGCGCCGGAUUGAGCGUGAUCUUCUCUCUCCUGCAGAUUCUUCCUAAAAGGAGAGGAUACAGGCGAAUCGGGACAUACCCGCUCCCAAAACCGGCCUCUUCAUCCAGGAUUCUGUUCAUCAUAAGUGUGUGUGAUAUACUAGGAUGCGUGGGAAUAAUCGCAAGAUCGUCAGUUUGGCUCGGCGUUCCCAGCAUCAUCGAGGAGAUUUCACUCACUAACACCAGUAACGUGUGGCCUGAAGUGUUCUGCGUGGGCAGCGCUAUGUGGAUCCAGCUGUUCUUCAGUGCCUCGUUCUGGUGGAUGUUCUGCUACGCGGUGGACGCAUUUCUGGUGGUCAAACGAUCAGCUGGAACCAGCACCAUUGUUCUGUACCAUAUGAUCACGUGGGGUUUGGCGGUGCUGUUGUGUGUGGAAGGUGUAGCGAUGCUUUAUUACCCCUCCCUCUCAAGUUGUGAAAAAGGCCUUCAGCACGCCAUCCCUCACUACGUUACCACUUACGCUCCCAUGCUGUUGGUGCUUUUAGUCAAUCCAAUCCUGUUCACACGCACUGUCAAAGCUGUUACAUCACUACUGAAAGGACGUCAAGGAAUUUACACAGAAAACGAGAGACGUUUAGGAGCAGAAAUCAAAAUACGCUUCUUCAAAAUGCUCCUGGUCUUCUUUAUCUGCUGGCUUCCCAACCUGAUUAACGAGAGUUUGUUAUUUUACCUGGAAAUGCAACCUGACGUUCAAGCGGCUGAGAUAAAAAACGUUCGUAAUGCGGCGCUCAUCACUUGGUUUAUCAUGGGCAUUCUGAACCCCAUGCAGGCCUUCCUUAACACACUGGCUUUCCACGGCUGGACAGGAUUAGACAUCGACCUGAGUCUGCAGAGGCGCCGUGAGCUAACCUGGGACUCGGCCUCCACCUCCAUUGCGACGACUGGAGGUUACAAUCCCAUGAUGACGUCCACGCUUCUCUACCAGAGCCAUGUCCAGGAUGGGAAAACGUUGACGGGGAACGGACACCAACUUCCGUCUGAUGCAGUCAGCAUCCUGUCUGAAAGUUCCGGCUCUAGUACACUUGAAAUCCACAUAUCGAGUGAACUUGGAGGUGUAGAGGAAGCUGGAGCAGGAGCGGUGGAGGAGAUGUAGGAGACCAGUCUCUUCCAGUACAUUCUGUAAAACUCUACAGAAGGUGGAGAACAUGUGGAGAACAUGCGGAGAACGUGUGGAGAACUCGUCCUUCUCCUGGAGCAGUGCUUCUGCAUAUACAGUAGAUAUAAUAUAAUAACCUUUUGGGACAAACGAUCUGUUCAUUCUGAAUAAUCUACACCUCUACUACAGUACCCUUC